AUCACAAUACGAUUCUCUUGAGAGAGAAGAACCCAAAACCAGAGUAAUUCAAUAGGGAGAAAAUACCCACCAAAAACAACAGAGUUUUCACUCUGGAGACUAGGUCCGGGGUCAAUAAAAGUAAAAAAGAAAACAGCAGUAGUUUUAUAUGAAACACUUUCGAAGGCCCCGCUAGAGAGAGAGAGAGAGAGAGAAAUGAAAAGGGAAGAAAAAAGUGAAGAAGGGUUAGCGGAAAAGGAGGAGAAUUUGUGUGAAAAGUUGAGUCGGAGGGUAUUAUCGGUAGGGAAUAGGAAAACAGAGGGUCCCUGUACCCCGCUCCCUUCUUGGAAACUUUACGACCCACAGGCUCAUCUUCAUCAUAACAACAAUCUUCCUCCUCCUGCCGCUGUUUCUGCAAGGAAGUUAGCUGCUUCACUGUGGGAUUUCCAUCAAUACUUUCCCCAUCGUCCUCAUAAUCCCAAAAUGCAUAGAGGUGAUCUUAACAACACUAAUGGCAGCUACCACCAACGCCGCCACCACCACAAGAACAAAGCCAUUGAUUUUUCUCAUUUCUUGGCUGAUCCUUGCCCCAGCUCCGACCCUGACCAGCCAGAGUGUUCAAGCAGUUUGAGGAGGCAUAUUGCUCAAACACUAAUGAAACACCAUCGGUUGACUGAAAAAAGUAAUCAGGCCCUACAGCCUGUAUCACCUGCAAGUUAUGGUAGUUCAAUGGAGGUGGUACCUUAUAAUCCUGCAGUCACACCUACCAGUUCCAUAAGCUUUAGGGGAAGAAUCGAUGAGUCGAAUUAUAAUCUCAAAACAUCUACAGAACUGCUGAAAGUACUAAACCAUAUUUGGAGUCUGGAAGAACAACAUGCGUCCAAUAUAUCAUUGAUAAAAGCAUUGAAGAAGGAAUUAGAUCAUGCCCGUGUUAGAAUCAAGGAUUUGCUUCGAGAUCAGCAAGCAUGUCGGCACGAAAUUGAUGAUUUGAUGAAGCAGAUUGCCGAAGACAAAUUGGUUAGGAAGAGCAAAGAACUGGACCGAAUUCAUGCUGCUGUACAGUCGGCAAGGGAUGAACUAGAAGAUGAGAGAAAGAUAAGAAAACGAUCCGAAAAUCUACACAGGAAGUUAGCUCGGGAAGUGUCCGAGUCAAAAGCUUCUCUUUCUAAUGCCUUGAAAGAUCUCGAAAGGGAAAGGAAAUCGAGGAAGCUUUUGGAAGAUCUUUGCUAUGAGUUUGCAAGGGGCAUAAAAAACUACGAACUGGAUUUGCAUACACUAAGACAGAAAUCCGAUGAAGAUUGGACCGGAGUGGCUGACCAUGAUCGUUUGAUUCUUCAUAUAUCUGAAUCAUGGCUUGACGAGCGGAUGCAGAUGAAGCUAGAAGAAGCUCAGUCUGGUUUUCCCAAACUGAAUUCAAUAGUGGACAGAUUAGGCUUUGAAAUAGAGACCUUCCUUCAAGCUAAACAGAUUAGUACUUCAGUUUCUAAGCCUACUGAUUAUUUGUCACAAAAGGAUCGGAGGAAGUCACUUGAAUCUGACCCUUUAAAUGAAGCUGUAAGUACAGGUAAAGAUGUUUGUCGUGAGGAAGAUUCUGCUAGCAGUUAUUCGAAUUGUUUUGAGCUGAACAAACCAAGCAGCGUUGACCUGAAAUCACAUGAAGAUGAAGCUCUAAACUGUGAUGGUGAGGAAAUAAUGAAGUCGAACCACGUUGAGAGAAAACUUUCAUCUCAUGAGAAGAUUAAAAGACAGCAUCCAUCCAGCUUACAAGUUAGGUUUGAAGAAAAGAUGGCCAGAGCCAUGAGUAAUGAAAAUAAGAAGUCCCAGUUGGCAGAAGCAGAAGAUGAAAAUAUUGUAGGAAAUGCCACUGAAGCAACAAUAUCGCAAAAACUUGAAAAUGAUGAAGCUACACAAUAUGGCAACGAGGGAAGAAAGAAUAAGCUUGAUGAGAUACAUGGACUAAGCUCAAAUUACAUACUAGACAACUUGAUAAGAAAUCGUAUAGCAUUGUCAGAAGGUGGGAAUAUGAACGUGGAAAACAACUAUGGCGAGGCCUCUUGUAGCUACCUACCACCGAGGAAUCAGCCUAGCCCGGUGCAGGCAUGGAUGACGAAAAUUACACCCCCUGAUCUGGACGUAUCAGAGUCUUCUGAGAAGCUGCCUCCGACAACGAAGGAUAACACUUUGAAGGCAAAGCUACUUGAAGCAAGGUCCAAAGGGCAACGUUCUCGUUUAAAAAUCUUAAAGGGAAAGUCGUAGAUCAAAGUGGUUGUUUUAACUUUGAACAAUAAGCUGAUGAACUCAUCACAUAACCGACUGGAUUAGCUAGCUGCUUCUGCGUUGCUUUUCAGUCCAACAUUGUGUUUUAUGAAUACAUGUCAUGUUGCAAUCUGUAAUUGUAUAAUUUUUUGUUAUUUUGUCUGUAUAUUUUAUUGAUUAAUAUCGCAGUAUAGUUACGAAUCAGAUGAACUUUGGGUCCAUUACAACUUUAGCAGUAAAGAUUUGUGUGGUUUUCAUGUCCGUUGA